AUGGUUCACCGCCCAGCGGACUCCCGGCUGCUCACGAACCUCCUCAGCCACGAGAAGGACUACGCGAAGCACCUUGCCAUCCUCCUCGACUAUUCCCAGUCCGCUCUCGCCUCCUUCUCCGCCUAUGCCUCUGCCUCCGCCCCACCCACCUCUCAAGUCAUCAUCGCCGUUGCAGGUGCCCUCGCCGGUGCCGAUGACGCGCUUCGCGGGUAUGCCGCCGCCGUCGAUAGGUGGCAGGAGCAACUUCGGGCUCUCAGGGCCAUGGAGGAGGACGUCGGCAACAUCAUGCGCGACCGCGAGAUUCUGGUGACGCGGCUCAUCAAGGCGUCCAAGUCGCAGAAACCAACACGGGACUCCAUCCUGGGGGGCGGGUCGCCGUCAGGUUCGUCCCUGAGCGUUUCCAAGCCGGAAGUUCAAGUAGGACAUAAACUGUCCGUGGCCCAAGCAGAGCUUCAAGCUUGCGAGGCACACCUCGCCGCGAAGGAGCAGGAGCUGCACGCCUUCCGGGCGCACACCAUCCGCGCUGGUCUCCAGGCGCGCUGCCGAGCGAUGGUCGAGUGUGGGUGGAAGUGGGGCGAGAUGGGCAAGGAGGGGAUGCGUGCGCUCGAGACGCUGGAUGCGCCGUCACCAAAUGCACCCGGUAUUCCUCCAAUGCACCCAUAUCUCCACAAACCCCUCCCUGGGUUCGAGAAACCCGGCUCUGACGUUUCCUCCAUAGCGCCUUCUCAGUCCGCAUCACAGAUUGGCAUCACAUCUCCGCCGGGUACCCUCGCGGAUGCAACAUGGCUCGCCCCAUCACAGCCCACGCUUCCCACACCUGCGAAACCAUAUACCCUCCAAAUACCACCCGCUCAUUCUAUCUCUGAGUAUGCCGUUCCGAACGGAUUGGCACAGCCAGAAACCAUUGUGGAGGAGGCAGGGGGGAGUAGUGAGGAAGAAGAGGAGGAGGCCAAUGUUGAGGUCCACGAGAACCCGCGCUUCCAAAACGGCAAGUCAAGAUCAAGUUCGACGUCGCUCGCGAGACCUCCCCAAACGUCCUCGAACACCCAGCCUCAAAAGCAAAUAUCUUUCUCCGUCCGCGCGCCCAAAACCUCUCCCAGCGAGCCGCACCUCCCCUCCUCCUACUCCGUCCGCGAGUCCCCGAAGAAACGCGGCAUGCUCGGCGGCCUCGCCGCGCUCUUCCAUGUCGGCGGGUACUCGCGCAAAGACUCGGAGGGUUCCACCACACCGCCCAAGGCGUCUGGACGUUGGCAAUCUCGCAUCGACCGCAACCUGCGGCGACGCGGCGACGACAGUUCCGACGACGAAGGUCCACCUCCCUCCCACUACUUCACGCGUCACACCGAGUCCCCGCAACCCAUACUCCUCACGUCACCGACGUUUCCCACCGGCGGAGAGCUAGGUCGUUUGAAGAAGCGCACAUCCAAGCGUUCGUCCGUGCAGGCGCAACCCAAGUCCCAGAUGGUUGCAAACAUAGAAAAGGGUUACGUUAGCGACACCGUCACGGAUUCGAUCAGCAAGGCUCGCGCGAAGAGCGGGACGAGACAGCGGUCGGCGUCGAAGCCCGUGGGCAGCUCUCUGCGCGCACCAGAGGCGUCGGGGCGGUUGAAGAAGGCACCUGCUAUCACCGCUGUGUUUGUCGAGGGGGGAUCUGCGCUCUCUCGCAACUCGUCGCUCUCGAAGCAGUCGAUCGCGAGCGCCGCGAGCGCACCACCGAGAAUGGCCACUGUCCCUCACCCUCAUGCCGCUCUGGGCCGCCAGAACUCGUCUCCACGCAAGCGCACUGCAUCCUACGACCCCAAACCCACCCCCGCCUCCGGACAGUCGUCAGGCCACAGACGAUCUGCGUCCAUAUCUGCCGGCUCUUCUCCCCUCAAGCUUACUAGCGGCGAACCAAGUCUUAUGAGCAUCGUUGAGGGCCUCUCAUCUAUGAACAAACAAGCCGCAUUCAAGCAGGACCCGAGCCGACUGCUGGUUGUACCCAAAGCUCCUGGCCCUGUGAACGUCAACAUCCGAGACAGUUGGGCUGAGGUCCCCGUCGUACCGAGUGUGCCAUACGAAGCCCCCGCGCCAUCUCAACGCCGCGAACGGCCGAACAACGCGCCUCAGGGCGAGGAGGGCAACUACCGCAACUCGCUCCUGCUCGCCGGGUCCAUCUCCGCCCCCUCCCUUCCGCUGUCGACUCCAAAUGGCAGCCAGAACUCGCAGAAGGCGCUCCCCAAGAUGCCGCUCCGAUCUGCCCUGCGCAACUCGAGCCGCACACCGUCUCCCGCCCCGGCGUCGCUGCCACAGGUCACGCGUCCUGCGCUCGUCAACGGAGAUUCGACGGCGACCAUCAGGCCGGCGCUUAUCGCAUCUCCGUCGCCGGUGCCCUUCGCGGCGUCGACGACGAUCAACAUCGCGCCCGUCCUCAUGUCGGCCUCACCCCAACCCCGAGCACAGAACCACCACGGUCUGUCGCCGCUCGCGAUGAUGCAGCGGCGCGAGAGCGACGUCUCGGUGUCGUCGUACGACACCGGGAUCGAGGACUUUGAGGACGCGCCCGAGACCCCGCCGCCGCCGACGCCCUCGCCGCCGGAGGAAGACAAUGACGCGCAGCAUAUCCCGUCACCGACGCCUUCGCCGCCGCGCCCGCUGCCGCCGCCAAUCAACACCAACACCUUGCAGGAGCAGGCGCCGCCGCGGAGGCGGAAGAGCGUGCGGAUGUCGCUCCCGCCGACGUUCUCGACGACGCCGCCCGCGCUCGACGACGACGACGGGGACGAGGCGAGCGCACGGCACGCGCCGUGGUCGGCGAAGGGCAAGGGGACUGGGAACGGGAACGGGAACGGGCACGCGAACCCAGGUCCCGCGCCGCCGGCGAAGGCGCAUCCGCAGAGGAACCCGGCGGCGAGCACGCACGGGAACGGCAACGGCAACGCGAUCGGGAACGGGUGGGGCUCGCGGAUCGAGGAGAGCUACGCGAAGGACGUGUGGGAGGACUCGAGCGACGAGGACGCGGAGUACAGCGCGGCGAAGCGGUUACUCUCGCGGCUCUCGCGCAAAGCGGAGCGGUGA